AUUGACCACCGUAUGUCUUGCGCAGCCGCCGACGAACCAAGCACCCACGCGCAGGCCGAACCGAAGUCUCGCGAACGCGAAAUUCGAAGUCUGGCAUGGCCGGGCAAGCUGCACCGAACACCUCAGCGCACACAGGUGAACGACGACCACAUCGCAAAUCGAGAGCUGGAUGUCUAGAGUGUAGACGUCGUCGAAUCAAGUGUACCGAAGAUAAGCCUCAAUGCAAGGCGUGCGUCCGACACAGCGUACCAUGCGCAUAUCGUGAGGUGGUACCGCCGCGGAACACUACUGCCUCACAUACUCACCCGACGCGGCGAACUAUCGGCUCUCAAUUGGAGUCUUCCCGAUAUUCGGCAACGAAUGUUAGCUCGCCUUCAGGGUCCGUCGAUCUGACAACCAGUACCCUCAGAAGCAUUUCUGCGUAUGCAUCCGAUGCUCCAGAUGUCUUCGCCCAAGCCACCAUAAGCGAUCUUCGACUGCUUCAUCAUUGGACAAGUGUCACAUGCGGAAGCCUGGGCGUAUCUAAGACCGUAGAACAUUGCUGGCGCCACGUCAUCCCACGGAUCGGGUUUGAGUACCCGUUUCUUCUGCAUGCCCUGCUCAGCCUGGCAGCUCUUCAUCUGGCACACCUUGGUGACGGCGCGAGUAAUGAUUUGACCUUGAGGGCUAGUCAGCAUCACGCGUCAGCUGUUCGGGGCUUUUGUGAGUGCAUUCAACAAAUGCGGCCCGAAGCAGCCGAGGCCAGGUUUGCAUGUGCUUCUACCCAGCUUCUUUAUGUGUUCGGUAUGUUUAGUAGCCGUGGCGAUGAUACUGCAAUCGAUGCUGGGAUGUCCGAUCGCCGCAGACGCUGUCUAGGGGAGGACUGGAUCCCAAUGGUUCGAGGGCUAGGUGCCAUAUUGAGCCCAGCUUACGACAUCAUCAGUGCUGGAGAGCUCGGAACCAUGUUGACCAUGGGCAACUGGCACACGCGCGACCUCGAGGCAUUAGAGUACGAAGAGGACGCGCGGUUCCGAAGUCUGGCCGCCGCAUGGCAUGGCGACAGUGACGCAAAAGUCUACGAUGACGCGCUGCUCGGGCUCAGAAAAGGCUUUGCUUUCAUGCAACAAUUCAAAGACGCGCAAGGAAAUUUGACUUCAGCAGACACUGGAAAUGGCUUCGCAUCAGGUCCUACAGCAUGGCUACAUUCGGUGGGUGAGGUCUAUUUUAGACUGCUGCGGCAUCGACAACCACCAGCUCUCUUGAUCUGGGCGCAUUAUGCAGUGCUGUUGCAUGUGAUUGAUGAUGUGUGGUUCAUGAAGGGUUGGGCCUACGAUACCGUCAUUGUUGUCGACGACUUACUUGGGGAUGCAUGGGCGCGAUGGAUGAAAUGGCCGAAGCACGUGUGUGGUGUCCUCUGACCAUAUAAGCGUCCUGACUGCGCAUGAUAAAAGCCGAUAUAAAUUCACGGAAUGAUAUGAUGUUUUACGAG